AUGAAAAGGACCUGGAGAGAGAAGGAAACUGGGCAACAUGAAGAGACUAAAGAGGCAAAGAGGACCUGCACUUUAGGGUCUCAGCCCCAGCAGAUCCACAUCCAGCUGUUCUUAGGAUUUCUCAAAACAAAGACGCCAGAAGCCUUGUCUACGCGAGAAAUACAAGAAGAUCACGAACUCACCCAGGUGGACAGACUCCCGGCGACCGAGCGCGCGGGAAGAGACCUGUCGCGCCCCCUCCUCCCUGCCCGCGGAGGGAAGGGAGACCCAGGACCGUCAGAACUGGGGUUGAAAGAGGCUUCUCGCCGCUCCCCUCUGGAGACCACCGUCCGCGUCACCGUCGCCAGUGCUUUCUGCACGGAAGAAGAAAAAAUAGACGGAGGACGCGCGAGCGCGCAAGGGAGCGAGGCACAGGGUGCGCGCGUGCCGUGCGUGAGCGCGCCCGCGCGCCCGGGAACGAGCCCCGGGCUCCCAAAGAGCAGAAGUUACAGCGAGGCCCCGGGUGGCCUCUUGGGCCGAUACUCGGCAGGCAGAGCUUGGGGACAGCCUUUCUGCCGGCUCCUCCUGCCGCGGCCGGAGUCCAUGCCUCGCCAGCGCCCCGGGCGCGCUCCGCGCGGGAAGCGCCACUCCCGGGACCUGGGGGCUUCGGGCGGCCGCCGCGACAGCAGUCGGGUGACCGCCCGCGGCCCCGAGAGCGCAGCUCCCCGCCCCCGUCUCCGCCUCCCUGACCCGCCCUCACCUCUCCGCAGGCGGCGCUCCGGCUCCCGCAGCCGGCGGAGCGAGAGCAGUGUAGAUUCCCAGCAGAGAGGGCGGCAGCCUCGGAGGGGCGCGGAUGCAGAGCGAGGCAGGGGGGAGUGUCGGCCUCCCAGCCCCUUCCUCAGGGAACGCUCGCCUGAACGUACAGGGGGGUGGAGGGGGAGGCUUGGCCUCUCCCGCACCCGACCGGCCCCGGAAUGGGGGUGACCUUCCCGCCUCCACCCUGCGCUCUUCUCGUCUGUCUCUCCCGGCGUGGCCCGACCUACGUGGGAGAGAACGCCAAGGCGGUUUAUUUGUGAACUCUCUAGAUCUCACCUGUACCUCUGGAGGCAGUAGAUGGCAGGCCAUGCUUCUCUGAGUACCCACCUGCUCAGUGCCUCCUUCUGAGUAAAGAAGCAGGGACUGGAUCUUUAUCUACAGGUUGCCAUGCGUCCGUUCAAUCUGUGACUGAUUCCUCAAGGACUGAUGCCCACCAAAGGAGCCGUCCGGUUUGCCCUGAAGCCUGCUGGGAGAACUCUGCCAAAUAGGAACGUGCUGUAAUGGAUAGAGAUAAGAUUUCAUCAGAUCUUUUGCCUCUUGUCUCACAGAGGCGGGACCUGGAUUUGAACUCAGGCUGUGUGUGCUCUAGACUUCAUGUUCUUAACUACUCUGUUUAAGAUCAGUGGCUUAACAUAGGCUUUCUUCUGCCUCAGGAGAAGCAAAGACAAUUAAACUGAGCCACGUGUAUGAUCAAUUCACAUGGCAGGAAGGAAUGGAUACCUCGAUGACUCAGGAGCUAACCCUAUUGUACCACCAGGAGCUGCUGGGUUUCUUCAUUGACCUUCUAGGACCUUCUGAGUUUCUUGUGGCUCUGGAGACCACUGCUUGUUCUCCCUUUCUUCCUUGCGUAGUUUUAUAAUAAAGUAAU